AUGGGAUUGACAGAAGAACAAAUAACACACUGCAAAAGCAUUUUCAGUCAGUUUGAUAAAGAUGGUACAGGAAGGAUCGACAGGUUUGAGCUUCGUGUUGUCCUGGAGCGUAACUUCUAAUUAGAAAUGGGACAAAAGCCAAGCGAAGAAGAGUUAUUUGCAAUGAUUAACGAAGUUGACGAUGGGAAUACAGGGAAAAUCGAAUUUUAUGAGUUUUUAAAAGUCUAUGAGCAGCACCAAAAUUCAGAAGUAAACAGAGAUGAGCAAGAUAUGAGUAAUUUUUAUGUAGUUGACGCUUUUGUCGCAAUGGGAGGGAAUCCAGAUACAACUGGCUCAAUUGAUACUGAUAAGUUGAUAAACGUUAUAAGGCAGCAAUUUGAAAUGACUAUAGAUAUUGAAAGACUUAUAGAAGAUAUUGACGAAGACCAGAGUCAUACGAUAGAGUAUGCGGAAUUCAAAAGAUUACUCACUCCCCUCCAUGAGUAAAAAAAAAAAAAUUUUCUCACAAGGGUCGUUGCAUACUAAUUUUUUUUUCUCGAAAAUUUAAAAGAAUCCAAAUUAAUUGUACAGUUUAUGUUUAAAAUAUAAGUUAUUCAGAAUUAAACAGAAUUAGCUAGAUAUUUCAUUAUACUAAUUAUCAUUUAUAUAUAUCAAAUAUUAAAUCGUUUAAAAAAAUUAUUUUGUUCGCUCAUGGAUGAGGGGGGUGGGCUUUUAGGGAUUUUUCCAAUGAUUUUGUUCGCUCACACGAGAGGGAGUUAGCUAA